AUGGAUAACCAAAACCAAGAAACAAACCGAAAGAGGAAGAAUGUCAAUGUCGCAAGCAGUAGUAGAAACCCAGGAGAACAACAACAUGAUGAUAAUGAUGAUCAUCACUUGGAUCUUUCUCUCGCCCUUCCUGCACACAAUAACCCCACUACUGCCAACCCCAACCCCAACCCCAACCCCCCUGCCGCUGAUCCAGCCUCUCCAGUCCGCCGCCGCCGCCGCCGCAACGCUGAAGCGAAGAGCGAAACAGUCCCACCCCCGUACCCAUGGGCAACGGACCGACGUGCCACAGUCCAUUCCAUGACUUACUUAGUCGCUAAUGGGAUAAACACAAUCUCCGGUGAAGUGAGAUGCACAAAGUGUGGGGAAGUUAACACCCUAAACUUUAACCUCCAGGAGAAGUUUCUAGCAGUUCGUAAUUUCAUCCAGAGGGAGGAAUACGAUAUGCACAACCGCGCGCCGGAAAGGUGGAAGCAUCCUAGAAUGGUUGCGUGUGGUUCCUGCGCCGAAGUUAUUUGUUGUAAGCCUGUUAUUGCGGAGAAGAAGAGGUCUGUUAAUUGGUUGUUCUUGUUUUUGGGUGAAUUUAUUGGUUGUUGUACUUUGGCACAACUUAAGUAUUUCUGUAAGCAUACUAAGGUUCAUCGUACUGGUGCUAAAGAUCGCUUGAUUUACUCCACUUAUUUCGAGUUAUGCAAGCAACUUAACUCGGUCUAA